AUGGCUAUGCCUAUGAUGUUGCUUCUGCCGAUAAGACCUCCGGCCAGACAACAGUCGCAAACUGUGUCCAAGAAACCGAGCCGUACUCAAUCAGUUCGCCGUAGCAAUUCCCAUUUAUCGGAUAAAGAGAUAGAAGUUGUCCAGCGUAUAUGGGGGUCGUUGGAUAUGUACUUGGAGGAAGAUGCUGACAAACAGGCUGAAAGCGACUGUAUUAUCCACCAAGUGGUGCCAAAGUUGACGGUGCUGGAGGUUCAAGUAGGGAAGAAGUCAAAAAACCUCAAAUCAACAGCGCAUCGAGAAUUCGAAGUCAGAUUACAGAAAAAUAUAUAUCUUUACUUUAAAUCGCAUUACCGGUCAAAGGGUUCGCCAUAUUCGACGUUGACGCACUAUGGGAACCCUGAAGACUUUCUGUUUGAUUUGCAUUUGCCAGCAGUUCUAAAGAUGUUGACCAUACUUAUUUGGCAAAUGGAAGAUGGCGAGACCACUAUGCGAGAGGCAAGGAAUGAAAGCACGUAUAUAUGGAGGUUCGAAUCGUGGCAUUAUAACUUGAUUGGUGAAGGCAUAGUAGCUACUAUCUUGGAAAUGCUUGGCCGAGACAACUUCUCACAAGAGAAUGAAUAUACCUGGAUUAAGUUCUAUAAUAAAAUUGCCAAUCGUGUACAGUCAGAAGCUCAGACCUAG